CCGAUUAUUUGAGUAAAUCAUUUAGUUGUGGUUUCGCUUCGUUUUGUGUUAUUUUAAUUAUUUUAAAACAUUUUUAAUUUUAUUGUAAUUCAUAUACUAGUCUUUAGUUUAUUAAUAUUUUAUUAAUAUAUUAUUAAUAUAUUAUUAAUAUAUUUUAUAAAAAUGAAUUUUUAUUACUAUUUCGUUUUCAUAGCAUUAAUUGGUAUUCAAACCAUAAGUAUCAGAGCAGAAGAAGCUGAACCAGUCGGUGAUAAUACAGUUGACGAGAAGUCGGGAGAAGAAUCAAUGGAAGAGACAAUCUUAUCGACAGAAUCGCAUUAUGAAGAACCAAAUGAAGAACCAAAUGAAGACCAAACGGUUACCGUAGUGUUUGAAGAAAUAGAUCCAAAAGAUAUCAAUGACAAUGAAGAUGAGUCUGACUCGAUUACCACACCAUUUGAUGAGUUAAUAACUUCUGAAUACAAUGGUUUGGAUGUUAAAGAAGAAAGUGUUAGCACAUCAUUCAGUUGUUACGGCCGAUCCUUUGGACAGUACGCCGAUGUGUCAAAAGACUGUCGAGUCUUUCACUUGUGUUAUCCAUUCUAUAAAUCUGAUGAACUUCUGUAUCAAAGAAUCACUUUCUUAUGCGAUAAUGACUUAGUUUUUGAUCAGAAAAGAUUCAUUUGUGCGAACAACUCGACAAUUGAUCACAAAUGUAACGAUUCUGAAGGCUUUUAUGAGCGAACAAAUCAGGAAUACUUGAUCCGUGUGUUCUCGCAAAGUGUGUCACCAAUUGAUGAGGUGAAGGGUAGGGUAGAAACCGAAGCGAAUCCCAGUGCGAGUCCCGGUUGGUUCCACUGGUUCUAUGGCAACAAUUAACUACCGGUUCUCACAAAUGCAUUAAUUUCUAUAAUAUGUUUACUUUAAUAAUGUAUUUCUUUAUAUUUUAUUUUAUUUAAUAAUAAAUUUAUUAUAAAUCAAUUGAAUUAAGCGC